UUUACUCCGACCAGUUCACAACUUGAGGGUCUGUCGUGUCUUCCGCGUCUUCUAUACACGUCUUAUCUACCAGUCGGUGAGAUUCAUAUGCUAGUAAGUCAACGUAGAAGUAGAAGGAUUAAUAAUAUAUUACACUACAGUGUUCAAAAAACCUGUUUUGAUAACUUUACUUGUGCCCAUCGCUAAAGUGCUGUAGCGUUGUUUUCUUAGACUCAUACAUUUUUCAAACGAGUGCGUCGGUGCGGUAGACUUUAUAUCAUUUGCAAAUGUGCGCAUAAUUAUUUCCAAAAAUCCUGGAAGCCCUGAGAGGCAUUUUUUUCCUUUAUAAAAUGAUAAAAUUUUCUGCGAUUUUCUCGUGAAGGGAAUCUCAAGGAAACAGUUCCAUGCACAGCGUCUAACAGGCAAGAAAGCCUCUUCAAAAAGCCAACUUAACCUCUCCACGAUGUUCCUCACGGUGCUGGUCGCCAACCGCGGCGAGAUCGCGGUGCGGGCCAUCCGGACCCUGAAGCGCCUCGGCGUGCGCAGCAUCGCGGUCUACUCGGAGCCGGACUUCAACGCCCCGCACGUCACCCAAGCGGACGCGGCCGUCCCUCUCGGGGGCACCAAAGCCGCCGAUACCUACCUCAACAUCGAGAAAAUCCUACAGGCGGCGAAGCAGAGCGGCGCUGCGGCCAUCUUCCCGGGCUACGGAUUCCUCUCAGAGAGCGCCGAAUUCGCGGACGCAUGCGAGGAGGCAGGCAUAGUCUUCAUCGGGCCAACUCCGGAGCAGAUCCGACAAUUCGGUUUGAAGCACCGCGCCCGGGAACUGGCAUCCCAGUUGGAAAUUCCACAGACGCCCGGAAGUGGAUUGCUUUCAAGCGUCGAACAUGCUUUGACCGAGGCGAAGCGCAUCGGGUACCCGGUGAUGCUGAAGAGCGCUGCUGGUGGUGGAGGCAUCGGUCUGCGACGGUGCGACUCGCCCGAAGACUUGUCCGCGGCCUACGAGAGCGUCAAACGACUCGGAGAUCAGUUCUUCAGCGAUUCCGGGGUCUUCGUCGAACGCUUUGUUGACCGCGCACGUCAUAUCGAGGUCCAGAUAUUUGGCGACGGGAAUGGGAAUGUAGUAGCCCUCGGCGAGCGAGACUGUUCAUUGCAGCGCCGUAAUCAGAAAGUAGUCGAAGAGACACCCGCGCCGAAUCUCCCCACCACAACACGCGAGGCUCUUCUAAAGGCAGCCACCCGAUUGGGUGAAUCCGUUGCCUACCGAAGCGCUGGCACCGUAGAGUUUAUUUACGAUGAUACUGAGAGGGCGUUCUUCUUCCUUGAGGUCAACACGCGCCUUCAAGUUGAACACCCGGUGACCGAAAUGGUUCUGGGGGUAGAUGUGAUAGAAUGCAUGCUCCGGGUCGCUGCGAAGGAGGAACUGGACCUAACCACCUUGUCUCGCGCUCCCCAAGGGGCUGCCAUUGAAGUGCGCAUCUACGCGGAGAAUCCAAUAAAGAACUUUCAACCCAGCCCGGGAGUCUUGACGGAAGUCCACUUUCCUGAUAACGUGCGGAUUGACGGGUGGGUCUCCACCGCCAGCGAGGUGACGUCGCACUAUGAUCCAUUGCUCGCGAAGCUGGUGGUCCACGGCUGCGAUCGCGAGGACGCUCUCGGAAGAUUGCAAGAGGCUCUGGGAGAAACGAGACUGCACGGUAUCGUCACGAACUUGGACUACCUCCGCCAGAUAAUCCGAGACCCCGGCUUUCGAUCGGGACGGGCCUUCACCCGCCUGCUUGACACGUUCGCUUUUUCUCCGAGCGUUGUGGAGGUCCUGGAACCGGGGACCUACUCGACGAUUCAGGACUAUCCAGGGCGCCUCGGUUACUGGGACAUCGGGGUUCCGCCCUCCGGUCCCAUGGACGAUCUCGCGUUCCGGCUAGCCAAUAGGAUCGUCGGCAACCACGCGAGCGCGGCAGGACUCGAAUUCACUUUGCAAGGCCCGACUCUUAAGUUCCAUUGUGCUGCUUUGAUCUCGCUGACUGGCGCGCAGUGUCCUGCGGAGCUCGACGGGCAGCCUGUCUCGUACUGGAGGCCGGUAGAUGUCCAGGCUGGCCAAGUCUUAAAAUUAGGACGCGCGACCUCUGGUUGUCGGACUUACCUGGCAGUUCGCAACGGCUUCGAUGUUCCAUUGUACCUAGGAAGUCGCUCAACAUUCGUCCUCGGUCAAUUCGGUGGCCAUGCGGGCCGGACGUUCUGUCCUUCCGAUUUGCUACCUAUCUCUAUUCCUGGGGUGAAAGCCUGCUGCACCCCGGCGCCUGUGACCCUGCCACAAGCAGUGCAUCAGAGCAUAAUACCCACGUAUUCUAGUGACUGGGAAAUAGCGGUGCUGUACGGUCCCCACGGUGCUCCGGACUUCUUCACCACCGAGUCGAUGGAAGAGUUCCUCACUGCUUGGUGGGUCGUGCACUACAACUCAAAUCGACUUGGCGUUCGUCUGACAGGACCGAAGCCGAGUUGGACUCGGGCCGAUGGCGGCGAGGCUGGCCUCCACCCGUCGAACAUCCACGACUGUGAGUACGCGAUCGGCUCGAUCAAUUUUACCGGGGACUCGCCGGUUAUCCUCAGCAAGGACGGUCCGAGCCUCGGAGGGUUUGUUUGUCCCGUAACAAUCGCCAAGGCCGAGAUGUGGAAAGUCGGUCAGGUGAAGCCGGGUGAUCGGAUCCGUUUCCGACUUAUCAGCUUCCAGGAAGCGCAAAGCCUCGAACAAACCCAGAUCAAUGAUAUCAAGUCACUCUCCGCCACCAUGAAAAUCGAUCCGUCCAUCUAUGAACUUCCCCUCAGUGAUUAUACCACUAUUCUCGCCGAAUUACCAGCCGAGGGCCAUCGUCCACGUGCAGUUUACCGGCAAGCCGGCGAUUCCUACAUCCUUUUAGAAUACGGCGAGAAUAUCCUCGAUCUAGCCCUGCGCCUGCGGGUUUAUCUACUGAUGAAAGCGCUCCAAACGAAGCCUCUACCAGGAUUGGAGGAGCUUGCACCAGGUGUGCGAUCUUUGCAGAUACGUUACGACAGCAAUGUCCUCCACCAAAAAAUGCUGAUGCGACAUCUACUCGAGCUCGAAACGAAACUGGGCGAUGUCGAAUCUUUACGGAUUCCAUCCCGCGUUGUUCACCUACCAAUGGCUUUCGAAGACAGUGCCACGUUGGCUGCCAUCAGUCGAUACCGAGAAACCGUGCGAAACGAAGCGCCGUGGCUACCCAGCAACGUCGACUUCGUCCAGCGCAUCAAUGGUCUGGAACACCGCAACGAUGUCAGGGACAUCAUCUUCCAGGCGAGCUAUCUUGUUCUCGGUUUGGGCGACGUGUACCUCGGCGCGCCUUGCGCGGUUCCCGUGGACCCACGCCACCGCUUGCUGAGCUCCAAGUACAACCCGGCCCGCACUUUCACCGCCGAGGGCACGGUCGGGCUCGGUGGGAUGUACAUGUGCAUCUACGGAAUGGACUCUCCCGGUGGCUACCAGCUAGUCGGCCGCACCCUCCCGAUCUGGAACAAGUUCGUGAAGAGCUCCCAAUUCCAAAACGAUCAGCCGUGGCUACUGCGAUUCUUCGACCAGGUUCGCUUCUACCCAGUCACUGAGAGCGAGCUGCAAGUUGAGCGCGAGGCGUUCCGAGAGGGAAGGACGCAAAUCCGUAUCGAGCAGACUGAUUUCGACUUCGGAGCCUACCGGAAGUUCCUCGCAGACAACGCCGAGAGCAUCGCCGUUUUUCAAAAGCGGCAGAAAGCCGCUUUCGAUGCUGAAGUUACUCUUUGGAGAGACGAGGAGCAAACCUUCCAACCUCCGGACCGGUCGGUGGAUGAGCCUCUGGAGCUAAGUGGCCAUCUAGUUAGAGCUGAUUUAUCCGGAAGCGUUUGGAAGAUUUUGGUGGGAGAUGGACAAUGGGUUCAAGCAGGGUCCUCGCUCCUCGUGGUCGAAGCCAUGAAGAUGGAACUGACGGUUUCUGCACCUGUCACUGGCCACGUCGACAAAAUUUGCUGCAAGCCAGGCGAGCUCAUUGCGCCGGGUGAUCCACUUCUCGUGAUUUCGCCCGCGGAGAAGCCCUAAGUUCAUCAAGUUCAAGGAUUUCCGUGUCAAAUCGUACUCAGAUCAAACUACACCCUGAUGUUGAAAGGCAUACAUUGAAAGAUGGACUCUCGCGGCUAUUGCACGACUUGGGGUAUAGC